GAAGCAUGGUCGGGCAUAGCCAAGACUGGGAAGGUAGAGAGUCGACCCGUGAGUAGGAGAUUGUCCUAGGGUACCUUGGUUAUUCGGCACGAUGAAAGCCAAAAACUGGGGAAGUGUCUGGGGAAAUCCACCUGAAUAGGAGUAGUGUGGCUACUCCGAAAGUCUCCACAUCACUGGUCAAGUAUAUCGAGCGACCGACCUCCGGCAUUGAUCAAAACACUCUUAAGACCAUAAGCACUUGCCAGCCAAAAGACUUUGAACAUAUCAGCCAAGAGAGCUGGGAACGAAUUUGCUCUUCCUUCCCACGUUCAGGACCUUGACCAUCAAGGCAGCCACUAUGGGCUUCGGCGUCCUCGAGCCUUCCUCCACGGAAGUCGUUCAGGGGAGCAUCCACCUCUUCGACGAUGCCAGCUCCUCGGUCGACAAUACAACACAUCUGAAGCACAGCAAAGAUGGUAAAAUCGUUCUGGCCCCUCAACCAUCUGACUCGCCCAACGACAUCCUGAACCUGCCUCUUUGGCGUCGCGACCUGAUGUACUGGAUCAUCAUCCUGGGCACAGUGUUCUCCGGCAUUCACGGACCAAUCCUCACUCCCAUCACGCUCGACCUCGCUGCCCAAUGGGACAAAUCAGUCAACGAUAUCGCACAAUUGUCCUCGUAUCUCCUCCUUGUCAUCGGUGCUUGUUGCGUAAUCUAUGGGCCACUUGCCAUCAAGUAUGGCAAGCGCAUUAUAUAUAUCGUCGGCACCGCCACGCUCGUUGCAGCAGAUAUCUGGGCCGCUCGUGCAACAUCGUACAACAGCAUGAUGGGUGCGCGAUGCUUGUCUGGAAUCGGUCAAGGAGCCUAUGAAGCUUUGUCGCUAGCCAUGAUACCCGAUCUGUUCUUCGUACAUGAGCGUGGCACCCGGGUUACGCUGUUCCUCUUGUGCUUGGAGACGGGUGUCUUCUUGGGUGUACCGAUCGGGACGCAGAUCGUGCUAAACUCUGGCAUCGAAUGGUGUUUCGGAGGCUUGGCCAUUGGAGAGGCUGUCAUCCUGGUUGGCCUCAUUUUCUUUGUGCGAGAGCCCGGCUUUGGACGAACUCACAUGGAUCCGCUGGCGCACGUGCCCGAAGAGGUGAUCCUUGACGUUGUGCAUAAGACGGGGUUCGACCACAAGGAAAUAGCUACCGCAGGUAAUCCGGAGACAUCAGCACAGACACCAGGUACCCCGGAACGCCCGAAAACCUACAUGCAGUGGGUUAAUCCGUGGCAAGGAGUCUUAGGCCAGGAGAAUAUCCUCAAGUCGGCCAUUCGAACAUUUACCUUGGCGCUGCAUCCAACAAUAUUUUGGGCGUCGAUCGCGGCGUUGCCGAUGUCGUGGGCAGUUGGCAUCUCAUUCACGCUCGCGCUGGAGUUGUCACCCCCGCCUUAUAACUUCACCCCGACCGGUCUUGCCAACCUGUACAUCGCAGCGUGGCUGGGCAUAACCUUUGCGGUUUUCAUUGGUCUUGCAACCAUUGAUCCAAUCUCCAAGUUGAUGGCGAGACGCAACAAGAACAUCUUCGAGCCCGAAUUCCGGCUAGUCAUGCUCUUUCCCGCCCUCAUUGUCGCAGGCAUUGGAUUCAUUGGCUGGGGAUGGGCAUAUGAAGCUCAAGUCCAUUGGAUCGGCCUGGCUAUCUUACUGCUUCUUGCGAACGGUGGUGCUGUUCUUGGGAAUGCUGCAAUCAUUGGAUAUGUGGUCGACGCACACCGCAACUGGGCAAAUGAGUCGCAGGUCAUACUAUUCGCGUGGAAGAACUUCUUCCCUUUCACUAUGGGGUACUGGUUCGUUCCGUGGUUCGUCAAGGAUGGACCUAAGAAGACGUGGGCUGCCGUUGGCGCUCUCGUCGUUGUCCUGUACUCAUGUGGAGCCAUUUUCUAUGUUUUUGGGAAGAGAAUGAGGGCUUUCUGGCAGGAGAGAUCAUUCUUGGGAUUUUCCGGAAAGUAAGACUGAACGAGGUUGAUCGCAAGUGAGGCGAGCACCGCAAGGUCGGUAGGGAGGUUUUGUGUAUUGUAGAUCUCCGCGGUCAGCAUGAAUGAGUGAGUUGACCUCCGAGGAGAUUUGACUGUUGCCGAGGAAAGUCAAGCGAGAGAUAUUGUACCUGCGAGCCCCCUGGAGGACUAGAAUUACUAAGUAACCUACCACAACCUCUACUCAUCAGUCAUGGUCGGCGUGAUCGCCAA